AUGGGGGGAGAAGGGGAGGGACGGCUGUUUGAGACCAGGGUGAGGAGGGGGAGAACAUGGUACAAGCUGUAUGCUGCGUCGGUGUGCGGUGGGGUGUGCUUGACAUGGGUGUACAGAGCUACGAACAUACCGGAGAUCGGGGAGAAGGGGAGGUGGGCUUGGAUGGGGAUGCUGGUGGCCGAGCUUUGCUUUGGGUUCUACUGGGUUCUCACCCAAUCAUUCCGGUGGUGCCCUAUCUACCACCGAACCUUCAAGGAGCGGCUCUCCCAAAAAUAUGGGAAUGAGCUGCCACCUGUGGACAUAUUUGUUUGCACUGCUGAUCCUACCAUCGAGCCACCAGUCCUGGUUAUGAACACAGUACUCUCGGUGAUGGCCUAUGACUACCCACCAGAGAAGUUAAGCAUCUAUGUCUCGGAUGAUGGUGCCUCUGAGUUGACAUUUUAUGCACUGCUAGAAGCCACAGAUUUUGUCAGACACUGGAUUUCAUUCUGUAAAAGGUUCAAUGUGGAGCCCAGGUCCCCGGCAGCGUACUUCUCGUCACCCGAGCAACAUGAUCUUCGCUAUGCCAGUGAGUUGGAUCGCAUCAAGGAGAUGUACUAUGCGAUGGAGAACCGGAUUAAAGUUGCAACCGAUUUCGGUCGGGUUGCAAGCAGUGUUAACAAGCAACACAAGGGCUUUUCUGAAUGGAAUUCACAAAUUACACCUGGAAAUCACCAGGCUAUAGUGCAGAUAUUAAUUGAUGGAAGGGACCAGAAUGCUAUAGAUAUCGAAGGAAAUACCCUACCAACACUUGUAUAUUUAUCUCGAGAAAAAAGGCCUCGGUAUCCUCAUAAUUUCAAAGCUGGAGCACUAAAUGCAUUGAUAAGAGUAUCCUCCGAGAUAAGCAACAGCCCUGUUAUUCUCAAUGUGGACUGUGAUAUGUACUCCAACGGUUCAGAAUCAGUGAAGAAUGCAAUGUGUUUCUUCCUGGAUGAAGAAAGCGGUCAGCAAAUUGGGUAUGUGCAGUUUCCACAGAACUUCAACAAUCUUGACAAGAACAACAUCUAUGGUGAUUAUAUAUCAAUUGUAAAUGAGGUGGAAAUGCCAGGUCUGGGGGAUUCCAUAUAUCUUGGCACAGGAUGCUUCCACAGAAGAGAAAGUUUGUGUGGCUGCAAGUAUAGCGAGCACCGUAGGAUGCUCAGGGAUAUGUGUAACCAAGUAAAAAUGAGAAAACCAGAAGAAAGCACAAGCUUUUUAGAAGAGAGAGCAAAGGAUCUUGCAUCAUGUACCUAUGAGCAGAACACUAACUGGGGCAAAGAUAUUGGUAUCAAGUAUGGGUGCUUGGUGGAGGAUGUGGUAACUGGCUUGUCAAUCCAAAUGAACGGAUGGAGAUCAAUUUACUACAAUCCUUCAAGGAAAGGCUUCUUAGGCAUAUCUCCUACUACACUGUCACAGCUAUUGGUGCAACACAAGCGAUGGUCUGAAGGGCUCUUCCAAACCUUCCUCUCGAAAUAUUGUCCUUUUCUCUAUGGCUAUGGAAAGAUAGAGUUAAGGCUUCAGAUGUCUUAUGCUACAUACAUGUUAUGGGCUCCUAUGUCGUUGCCAACUCUAUAUUAUGUUAUUAUCCCUUCCCUUUGCCUUCUCAAAGGCAUUCCUUUGUACCCAAGAAUCUCAAGUUCUUGGUUCCCGGUCUUUGUGUAUGUGAUCAUCGGUACACAAGCAUACAGCUUAGGAGAGGCCCUUUGGUGUCAGCAGUCAUUCCGAAGCUGGUGGAACAUGCAAAGAAUGAGAUUAAUGAGAAGAACUUGCUCAUACUUCUUCAGCUUAUUAGACACUACAAUGCAAUCACUAGGACUUGGCAAGUCCAGUUUUGAUAUAACUGCUAAGAUUGCUGAUCAUGAGGCAUUGGAGAGACUGAAGAAAGGGGUCAUGGAGUUUGGAUCAUCUUCUCCAAUGUUCUCGGUGUUGGCCGCGAUAGCCAUGCUUAACCUGCUCUGUUUGGUGGCUAGUGUGAUAAUGGCUGUGGUGAGGGAGGGAUUUAAAGAUCAAAUGGCUCUUCAGUUUCUUCUUUGUGGGAUGUUGGUAAUGCUCAACUUGCCAAUCUACCAUGGGAUGUUCCUAAGGAAAGAUAGAGGCAGACUUCCAACAUUUUUAGCACUUGAAUCAUGUCUCAUUGCUGCAUUGGCUUGUCUCCUUUCAUUGUACUAGAAUUCAAACUUGUGAUGAACAAGUUCUUGCUAUUAUUAACUGGUUCAGUGGUUAUACUGCAAGUUCAUCAGAGAAGCAAUUAAGAGUUCUGAUGUUAGAACCAUUUACUAAUGGAUCAUUUGUUAAUGGUGUUAGCUGCACUGUUAUUUUA